GCGCCCAUCAAGGAAGAUGGCACUGCAGUAACAGCAAGAAAUCAAGUCGCGGCGGGCUCGUCACCAAACGGAGCCCCAGCAGCAGCAGCAUCGUCAGCAGCAGCAGCUCUACAAAAGGAAUCUCUUGGUCUUAAUCUAUCCAUACCACAACUAUCGGAACAACAGAGAUUGUCUAACGAGG